AUGACGUACCAUGCUCAUACUUAUGUCGCCAUAUCUGAUUUACAUCCAAACUGUACGCACUCGAACAUUUUAGGGGUUGUUAUUGGGAAAACUGAUGUCAAAGGCUUUCCAGACAGGAAAAAUAUUGGUUCUGAAAGAUUCACCUUCAGCUUCACCAUUAAAGACUCACCAGACCAUUUCAUCAAUGCUUCUUCAUGGGGCCGAGAUGAUUAUAUCCACGGGCUGUCCAACAGCUUCAGAAUUGGAGACUGUGUAAUGAUUGAGAAUCCUUUAGUCGUCACUAAAGAUGCUGAAAAAGAGGACAGAUUUUGCCCUUCAACACCAAGCUUCUACAGGCUGUUGGUGACUGAAAACCAUUCUGCAAUACGAGUGUACCCAGAUAUGGAGGCAGAUGACAAGCUCCUUGCUCUGCUCCAUCUGCCUGUGAAGGAUCCAACUGACUUCUAUUCAUUGGGGGAUAUUGUGGCAAAUGGGCAGACCUUGGACAGCAGUGUGAUUAAUAUUCUCGCAGCUGUUCAGUCGAUCGGAGAGCCAAAGUACUUCACAACCUCAGACGGCCGCAAAGGGCAGAGGUGUGAGGUGAAGCUCUUUGAUGAAACUGAGACACUGUUUUCCUUGAUCUGCUGGGACAGAGAAGCCAUUCAGCUGGUCCAGGCCUGGAUACCCAGAGAGACAGUGCUCUUCGUUGCAGAUGCACGUGUCAGUUUUGAUAACUUCCGCAAAUGUAUGGUGGCAACAGUUACCUCAAAAACAGUCCUUACUGUCAACCCUGACACAAAAGAGGCCAAUCAGCUCUUUAAUUACGCCAGAGAGUUCUCAGAAACUGGAGGACUGGAUGAUCAAGAAAAGCAGUCUGGAGAAGUGCCAUUGGAUUCCAUUGCUGAUGUGUUCACUGUGAACCAGUUGAAACUCAAAGCCCAGGAAAGUCUUGAGAGGCAAGACACCGUCUACGGAAUCACAUAUGGCUUCGUGACCACUUUGAGGAUUGACUCCUCUAUUUCCAAAGUCAUUCGAAGCAGGUGUGCGAAGUGCAGAUUUCAGGUGAAUGAGGAAAUGCAGGUGUGCUCCAACGCUGCGUGCCCGGCACAGGGCCAGCCCCUGGAGGCCACAGCAGGGUUCGACCUGCUGGUGGACAUCACUGACCACACUGGCACACUGCAGUCCUGCGCGCUCUCUGGCACUGCAGCCGAAACCACGCUGGGAUGCACGGCUGAAGACUUUGUUUGUCUGACAGAGGGUCAGAGGACAGCUCUGAAAUGGAGAUUCCUUCUGGAAAGAUGCAAAGUUUAUCUGAAGGUUCUUCCUUCUUCUAAAGCCAGAACUGGGCUGAGAGGGAGCAUCCUGUCCUGCACGUUAGCUGAUCCAGGGGAAGUGCGUCAACAUGUUCUGACUGAGCAGUGCAAGUAA